AUGGCCCAAAUAGCACCGCAACCACCACCAGGUGAUGCGGCAGCACCUCCCCCUGACCAUAACGUUCCUUUUGUUAACGAACCUCAAGCCAAUGAGGUUCGGCCUAACGAGGUUCAGCCUAAUGAAGUUCAACAAGACCAUAGGACGAGAACCGAGCUGGUCGCUUCGGGAGAUCCUUCCUAUCAUCUCGAUCACUACUCGCAAAAGAUGGCUCUAGAUAAUCACAACGAUACAUUCAUGUGUAAAGUCUUCCCAACUAGUCUAACAGGAGCCACAUUGGAAUGGUUCAAGAAUAGGCCACACAAGUCCAUUCCGAACUACAAAACUUUGUGCGAUAUGUUCCUAGCACAAUAUUGUGGAAACAAAAAGCAGAAGAAGACCAUUGCUAGUCUCUUCACUAUAAGACAGAAGAGAGGAGAAUUGUUACAGGAUUUCCUAUCCAGGUUUAACAUGGAAGCCUCGAAGAUAGCAGAGUGUCAUCCUAAGACUGCUAUAGAGACAUUUAAGAUCGGUAUGAUCCAGGGAACCAAGUUCCAUACCUCCCUAGUCAAAUAUUCCUCUCCGGACAUGCAAACUCUCAAUGCUAGGGCACAAAUUUACAUUCGACUAGAGAAGGAUGUAGCCCAUCGAGCACAGCAUGCCACCCUUGUCGCGGUGGAAAAUAAGCCUUGGGAAAAGACUUCAAGUUCAAAAAGUCAACGAAGUCAAUAUGCCUCAGCACCAGUCGCCCAGAUACCUGAGAAGAGACAGAGGACCGAAGAAAGGUUUACACCUCUUCGAACCACACUGACUCGGUUAUUCCAAGAGAACAAAACAAGAUUUACAGCCCCUCAACCAAUGAGGUAG